AUCAUCGACAGUUGGGUUAAACCAUUUACACCUAGGAGGCGUCACUAAUGGCUUCCAGUACUUUACUACAGUGCAUGUUAACUUCGCCCGACAAGGUGCGAGACGUUAUGGAACAAUCCAGAGAGACCGUGUUUGAAACAAUGGAGCUCGUCCUUGUCACUCAUGUCGUAGAUGCCAUCACGUUUUGGGCUCAGUAUGUGACUGAGGAUAAGGCCUAUGAGAAGAUGGACAUGGUCCUGGCAGAAAAAUGCCCUACUGCACAGAGAGUGAAGGGAAAUCCAAGUCCCCACAAGGUUUAUGCCGCCUGCUACUCAGGAGACAGAUGCUGGUACAGGUGCAAAGUGCAGAAGCAGGUGUUUGACACAUUUCAUGUUGUUUAUAUUGAUUAUGGAAAUGAGGAGACAGUAAGGAGGUCUGAUCUAGUUGAACUCCCAGAGGAUGUGCAGUACGCUGCACUCGCUAAAAGAUACAAGUUCUGCGGCUUUCACUUGGCAAAUGAACAGGAUUCACCACAUUGCUCCCAGGGGAAGUCCUUUCUUCAGAAUCUGAUCUAUGGAAAGAAGUUGCGCAUUAAUGCGAUGUCAGAGUGCUUUGAUGGAACGAUCCUGGUUCAGGCAUUUCAGGGCAAUCUGGACAUUGGUGAAGAGGUGUUAAAGUUUAAAUUUGCCACAAUCAAUCUACCAGUCAGCAGAGAAAGCCCAUCUCCCACUAAGGCUCUUCAGAAGCAGACUGGAUUGUGGCCCUCUAGGAGACCUCAGAGAGACAGCGAUAGCACGGGCUCUUUAGGAUACGCUCCCAAGUUACGGCCCAGUGUCUCCAACCAAAAGCCUCAAGUCUUAAUGGAGGAAAGCUCUGGGAAAACUGGAAUAGAUUUCACUGUGCCAGAAGCAGAGAGGGAGCUAAGCGGGAACGAGCAGCCUACCACAGAGACGCUCAUCCAACAGCUGUGUCAUCAGGUCACCGAGCAAAUGCUGAAUGAAGCCAAGUCAGAGCUGCAGAAGGCAAGGGAAGAGGUACAAGAGAAAAUAAAGGAGAUAAAGAAACUUGAGAAGGAUAAGUGCAACCUCAAAUAUCAUGCAGAUCAUCUACAACAGCAGCUACAGGAAGCCAGAUUGGAGCUGGAGAAAGCAAGUGAGGAGCGUCCAAGAAAGGACGAGAGUGUAGAAGUCAACAUGGACUCAACAGUAUGGGAGAGGUUUUCUCGACUGGCUGAGAAAGUGGAAGCAGUUAGAAGAAACAGGGAAAGAAAUCAGUGCACUGCAGUAGAAAGUCUUUCUGAAUCCGUAGCUCUGGUGAUCAAUAAUAAAAUUGUCAUGCCACUCACAUCAGAAACACUUGAGGUGGCAUGGGAAGGCUACAGACAGGCCUUAAAGCAGCUUAAAGAGUGUGAAAAUAAGGGGGAGUUGCAGGACCUGGUAAACAACAGGAAUCAAGCUCGCAGUAUUCUACUAACUGCCAUAGAUGACUUCCUUCUGGUGGUGGGGAGUCUGCCAAUUAGUGAUCGCUUGAACACCCUAAAGGAUGUCAGCUCAUCAUCGAUGGCUGUAUUCGGUUCAGUCCCAACAGAUGAUGUUCAAGGUCAGUCUUUAGAGCAGUUUUGUGAGUGGAAAACUCAAAAGCUUCAUAAGUUCAGAAAUGUGUGCCAGGCGACAGAUUAUUCCCUCUGUGCUCUCAGUGACUGGGCAGCCAACACCAGCAAGAUUUUCUGCCUGACCGAGAAGAUCGCCGUGAGCCUGGAGGCAGUUGGUGCAGGAGUGGAUGAGCUUCUGAAGCAGGCUGAGUCUGAUGUGUGUGAGGAGCUGACUAUUACAUUUUUUGAGCAAAACGUUGAGGACAUGAAAAUAAUGGCUGCUGCGUGCCAUACAGUGAUGCAGCAUAUCCAAAAAGAGCAGCAUCUGCUUAGUGGCCUCAGAAAGAUGUAUGAAGAUAACAGAAAGUUUAAGGAGGACAUGGUGCAAUGGCAAAACAAAUCACCUAAAGCAGAUGAGCUCUUGCACAUAAAGAAACACAUAAAGAGCCUGCGUUCACAGUUACGAUGGAAACUGGUAGAGGUGGGCUGCCUGGAAGAGGCAGAUGACCUGGAUCUGCCUGAGAUUCUAAGGAAAAAGGAAGAGAUUACUCAGACAAGGAAUGCUCUCUUUCAAGAAAUUGGGCAUGAGAAAGAGCAAUAUACAAAACUGUGUGAGCUGGUAAACGGAAACUUCCCUGAGCUUCUGCGACUGUAUCCUGAGGCAGACAUCAGCAGUUACCUGAUCUCUGAGGGGCUCUUAAUGAAGAGUCUGGAUCGAGACCUAUUUGAUGCUGAGCCGAUGAGAGAGCUGAGUGGGCGCAGGCCAUUAGUGUGUACCGAGUUCCAGUGCCAAAAGGUGGUGCUUAAGGGCUACUCUGUGGAUGAAGAGUUGGAAGUGAAGAUGAUCAAGCAGGCUGCACAAUAUCACAGAGCUCAGAAUCAGUGUCCAUCCUCUGCUAUGCCACUGCUGGGCCUGUUCUUCGGCAAGUCGGAUCCUCUGGCCUACAUCAUAGUGCCUUACUACUCAAACGGAAGUCUUAAGGCUUUGCAGAAACGUAGCCCACUGACACCCUCUGAGAUUGGGAGGGUGAUGAGAGGAGUACUUCUUGGGCUCCAGAGUCUGCAUGAAUCCUGCAUUAUACAUGCCUCUCUGAACCCCAACAACGUGUUUGUUCUCAACCGAAAGCAAGGCAUUGUUGGGGAUUUUGAUUUCACAAAGACACCAGAGCAGCGGGCUGUUGACUAUGGCAUGGUAGCUGGCUCUAUCAGUCUGGUCGCUCCAGAGCUAAGGCAGAGUGAGCCACCUUCUCCAGCCACUGACAUGUACGCUGUUGGAGGCCUCAUGCUCUGGCUUCAUGUUCCUGACUACACUGGAGAUGUGGACAGUGAGCAACAUGGCCAAAGAUUGUCUGGAUUACAGCUGGAAGUCCAAACUCUCAUCUCAAAGCUACUGGUCUGUUCUGGAAGACUGUCUGCUUCUGAAGCACUGCGUGACUAUUACUUUUUGUUGGAUGAAAACUAAAAAAAAACAAAAGAAUAUAUAUAUAUAUAGUUCUUUUUCAUUUUUGUUGUAUUUCUUGUUCUAAUUGUUUUAAUUGUUUUGUUUUGAUUGAGGGGGGAAA